UAGUAGCCACGAAUAGGCGCGAAACCAAAGGCGAAAACACCGAACUCAAAGGGUCUCUUGAGGAAUGUCGAUCUCUACAUGCCCUUCAUCCCCAAAUUCACUUCCUUCCCCCCCAAGCUUUUCCUUCCCUUUCUCAAAUCUCACUCCCUCUUCUCUUUCUUUCCCAUUUUCUCCCACUUUCUUGCAUUUUCUCCUACUUGAUCUCUAUUUUCUUCCGCUUUUUUUUCGAACCCCAAUUCCAUGUCCAACUCCAUGCUGGGUUGGUUUCUGUCUUGAUUUCAAAUAUCGGCAUUUGGAUCGUUCUCUUUUGCCCGGGUUAUUACAGGAAUUUUUCGUACCCAAGAUUUUCUUUAAUGGUCUUGAUUUUGGGUAAAGGGUUUGGGUUCUCUCAGGAGUCAAUUUUGUGCCUAGACAGUGAAGUUUUUUAAAGCUUUGGAACUGAUUGGCGAGGGAAGAAGUAAUGAGUAGCUGAGCUUCGAAUUUGAAAGUUUAAAAAUGGGAACUGCUGUGAAUAUUAUCAUCGGUUCUCAUGUCUGGGUUGAAGACCCAGAAUCGCUUGGAACGAUGGGCAAGUUGAAAAAAUUGCUGGACAGGAAGUCACAAUCCAGUGUUCUAAUGGAAAGAAGGUUACUGCCAACUUAUCAAAAAUAUAUCCAAAGGACAUGGAAGCUCCAGCCGGUGGAGUUGAUGAUAUGACAAAGCUGUCUUAUUUGCAUGAGCCUGGUGUUCUGCAGAAUUUAAAAACUCGUUAUGAGCUUAAUGAAAUUUAUACAUAUACUGGAAAUAUACUUAUUGCCAUUAACCCAUUCCAAAGGCUGCCUCAUCUCUAUGAUGGCCACAUGAUGCAACAGUAUAAGGGAGCACCAUUUGGAGAACUAAGUCCUCAUGUUUUUGCAGUUGCUGAUGUUGCUUACAGGGCCAUGGUUAACGAGGCAAAAAGCAAUUCGAUCCUGGUCAGUGGUGAAAGUGGUGCAGGUAAAACAGAGACCACAAAAAUGCUUAUGAAAUACCUUGCCUUUCUAGGUGGUCGUGUUGCUACAGAAGGACGGACAGUUGAACAACAAGUUCUUGAAUCAAAUCCAGUCCUUGAAGCAUUUGGCAAUGCUAAAACCGUUAGAAACAACAACUCUAGUCGUUUUGGUAAAUUUGUUGAAAUCCAGUUUGAUAAACAAGGAAGAAUAUCAGGAGCAGCCAUCAGAACUUACCUUCUUGAAAGGUCACGUGUUUGCCAAAUUUCCAAUCCUGAGCGUAAUUAUCACUGCUUUUACCUUCUUUGUGCUGCACCACAAGAGGAAAUUGAGAAGUACAAGUUGGGAAGUCCUAAAACGUUUCACUACCUUAAUCAGUCAAAUUGCUAUGAACUGGUUGGUAUAAGUGAUGCCCAUGAUUAUCUCGCCACAAGGAGAGCUAUGGAUAUUGUUGGGAUAAGUGAGAAGGAGCAGGAAGCAAUCUUCAGAGUAGUGGCUGCAAUUCUUCAUAUUGGAAACAUUGAUUUUACCAAAGGAAAGGAGAUUGAUUCAUCAGUUCCAAAAGAUGACAAGUCCAAAUUCCACCUGAAAACCACUUCAGAACUUCUCAUGUGUGAUCUUAAGGCACUUGAAGAUGCGUUAUGUAAGCGUGUCAUGAUUACACCUGAGGAAGUUAUAAAGAGAAGUCUUGAUCCUCAAAGUGCGGCAGUUAGUAGGGAUGGUUUAGCAAAGACGAUUUAUUCUCGAUUAUUUGACUGGUUGGUGAAUAAAAUCAAUAACUCAAUUGGACAAGAUCCUAAUUCAAAAUCUCUGAUUGGUGUCCUUGAUAUUUAUGGGUUUGAAAGCUUCAAGACCAAUAGUUUUGAGCAGUUUUGUAUUAAUUUUACGAAUGAAAAGCUGCAACAGCAUUUUAAUCAGCACGUCUUCAAGAUGGAACAAGAAGAGUACACCAAAGAGGCCAUUGAGUGGAGCUACAUUGAAUUUGUUGACAAUCAAGAUGUUCUGGAUCUUAUUGAAAAGAAACCUGGUGGAAUUGUUGCUCUCCUUGAUGAAGCUUGCAUGUUUCCAAAGUCAACUCACGAAACAUUUGCAAACAAACUUUAUCAGACAUUUAAGAACCACAAGCGCUUCAUAAAACCAAAAUUAUCUCGUACUGAUUUCACGAUUGCCCAUUAUGCUGGAGAGGUCCUAUAUCAAUCCGAUCAAUUUUUGGACAAAAACAAGGAUUAUGUUGUCCCUGAACAUCAAGAUUUGUUGAGUGCUUCCAAAUGUCCUUUUGUAGCAGGCCUUUUCCCUCCACUUCCAGAAGAGACAUCUAAAUCUUCUAAAUUUUCUUCAAUUGGUUCUCGUUUCAAGCUACAACUGCAACAACUGAUGGAGACAUUAAAUUCUACAGAACCUCACUACAUCCGAUGUGUAAAGCCGAAUAACCUACUAAAACCUGCCAUAUUUGAAAACGUCAAUAUCAUGCAGCAAUUGCGGUGUGGUGGUGUUUUAGAGGCAAUCAGAAUAAGUUGUGCUGGCUACCCUACUCGCAAACCAUUCUUUGAGUUCAUUAACAGAUUUGGGCUUCUUGCUCCAGAGGCUUUGGAAGGGAACUAUGAGGAAAAGGCUGCUUGUAAAAAGAUUUUGGAAAAGAAGGGGCUCAAAGGAUUUCAGAUAGGCAAAACCAAGGUGUUCUUAAGAGCUGGUCAGAUGGCUGAGCUAGAUGCACGCAGAACUGAGGUACUCAGUAGUGCUGCAAAGGCUGUUCAGCGGCGGAUACGCACUCAUAAUGCUCGUAAGAGAUUCCUGGCACUGCGGGAGGCUACCAUAUCUUUGCAAGCUAUAUGUAGAGGAAGACUGGCUUGCAAACUUUAUGACAACAUAAGAAGGGAGGCAGCUGCUGUUAAGAUUCAGAAGCAUUUGCGCAGAUAUGGAGCCCGAAAAUCCUAUAACAAUCUCCAUGUCUCUGCACUUGUCAUACAGACAGGUUUACGAGCUAUGUCUGCUCGUAAGGAAUUUAGAUUCCGCAAGCAAACUAAGGCAGCAACCAUGAUUCAGGCUCAGUGGCGUUGUCAUAAAGCCACCUCAUACUAUAAGAGGCUAAAGAGAGGAUCUAUAGUGGCACAAACCAGGUGGAGGGGAAGAACUGCCAAGAAAGAGCUUAGGAAGCUCAAAAUGGCUGCCAGGGAAACAGGUGCACUAAAAGAGGCAAAGGAUAAGCUUGAAAAAAAAGUGGAGGAACUCACAUAUCGUGUACAGUUAGAAAAACGUUUACGGACUGACUUAGAAGAGGCAAAAGCUCAAGAAGUAGCGAAAUUACAGAAUUCGUUGGAGGAAAUGCAAAAGAAGAUUGAUGAAACAAAUGCGUUGCUCAUUAAGGAACAAGAGGCUGCAAAAAAGGCCAUAGAAGAAGCACCUCCUGUUAUUAAAGAAACCCAAGUUUUAGUUGAAGAUACAAAAAAAGUUGAAUCCCUAACUGAAGAAGUGGAGAAUUUAAAGGCCUCAUUAGAGUCGGAGAAACAACGUGCUGAAGAUGCUGAAAGGAAAAAUAACGAAGCCCAGGAAUCUAUUGAAGAAAAAAAGAAGAAAUUAGAAGACACAGAGAAGAAAGUUCAUCAACUACAAGAAUCUUUGACCAGGUUAGAAGAGAAGAUUACCAAUUUAGAAUCAGAAAAUCAAGUGCUAAGGCAACAAGCUGUAUCCAUGGCACCCAAUAAGUUCCUCUCUGGACGCUCCAGAUCUAUCUUACAGAGGGCUGAGAGUGGUUCUAUUCCAGUGGAUGGAAGGCCAGGUUUGGAUCUGAAUAGCCCAUCAAUAAACCAUAGGGAUCCUUCUGAAGUGGAAGAAAAACCGCAGAAGUCUCUAAAUGAGAAGCAACAGGAGAACCAGGAGCUGCUUAUUCGUUGCAUUGCGCAACACUUGGGCUUUGCUGGAAAUAGACCUAUUGCUGCUUGUAUAAUAUACAAAUGUCUUUUGCAAUGGAGAUCAUUUGAAGUUGAGCGGACAAGUGUUUUUGAUCGGAUCAUUCAGACUAUCGGCCAUGCUAUUGAGACCCAGGACAACAAUGAUAUCUUGGCCUAUUGGUUAUCCAAUGCCUCAACACUUCUUUUGCUACUUCAGCGCACACUUAAAGCGAGUGGUGCUGCUGGAAUGGCUCCACAACGCCGUCGAUCAUCAUCUGCUACUCUAUUCGGAAGAAUGACACAAAGUUUUCGUGGAACACCGCAAGGAGUCAAUCUUUCCCUGAUCAAUGGUGGCAUCAGUGGUGGAGCAGAUUCACUACGGCAAGUUGAAGCCAAGUACCCUGCUUUGCUUUUCAAACAGCAGCUUACGGCCUAUGUAGAAAAGAUUUAUGGAAUGAUUCGAGAUAAUUUGAAGAAAGAGAUUUCCCCGUUGCUUGGUUUAUGCAUCCAGGCACCAAGAACAUCCAGAGCAAGUUUAGUCAAGGGAGCAUCACGCUCCGUUGCUAACACUGCAGCCCAGCAAGCCUUGAUUGCUCACUGGCAAGGGAUUGUGAAAAGCCUUGGGAACUUCCUGAACACGCUGAAAGCCAAUCAUGUACCUGCAUAUGUAGUUCGGAAGGUGUUCACCCAAAUAUUUUCCUUCAUCAACGUUCAACUCUUUAACAGUCUUUUAUUAAGACGAGAGUGCUGCUCAUUUAGCAAUGGUGAAUAUGUCAAAGCUGGAUUGGCUGAACUGGAACAUUGGUGUUACAAAGCAACAGAUGAGUAUGCAGGUUCUGCUUGGGAUGAGCUGAAGCACAUCAGACAGGCCAUUGGGUUUCUGGUCAUACAUCAAAAACCCAAAAAAACACUGGAUGAGAUAAGUCAUGACCUAUGCCCGGUCCUUAGCAUACAGCAAUUAUAUCGAAUCAGCACAAUGUACUGGGACGACAAGUAUGGGACACAUAGUGUUUCCUCGGAUGUUAUAGCGAAUAUGAGGGUGCUGAUGACAGAAGAUUCAAACAAUGCUGUCAGUAAUUCCUUCCUGUUGGACGACGAUUUGAGUAUUCCAUUUUCAGUUGAUGACUUAUCGAAGUCAAUGGAACAAAUAGAUAUCUCUGACAUUGAACCACCACCUCUGAUUCGUGAGAACUCAGGCUUUAGCUUCUUGUUGCCACGUUCUGAGUAGUCAAUUUCUCUCCAGAAAUAGACAGAUUCUUUAUCAGCUUGAAGAUGUAAAUUCUCUCUGGUUGUGGAUGCACUUUCAGGGUUCCUCAUUUCAAUUUUUCAUUAUAUUAGAAAUAUUUCUUUAAAAUUUUUACAUGUAGUUCAUUUCUUUAGAACAGGGAGCACAUUUGCUUCCUGACUAGUAUAAUAUUGACUUUUCUCUCUUGUGUUGUACAACUAGGUCAUUUAUUGUCAAGGGGUAAGAGAUACAAACUUAUAGUA